AUGCCCACCUCUGCCCUUUCACCUCACCAGACACCAGAACUGGAGAGUGCCACACUAACCAACGCUGCAGCCCCUGAGCCACUGAACACUCUGGUAAACAGCCCUGCACCCAACACCACAGCCUCCGAGGAUCAGCCAGAAGAUGAAAAUUGGCCAUCGGAGCUUGACCCAAUCUCGCAUGCCAUGGUAGCAGGUUACAUUGACCUUGUUCUGGCGAAUGUGUUUCGAGCGACACGGUUUAUUGCUCGGAAAUCAGGUGUUUCCACAUCUCGAGUAUCGCUCCUGCCCGUUUUAGCAACUGCAUGCAAAACGGACUUCGACAUCUGGGGUAGUAGAUUUGCACUUACACCAAACCCAGCUGGUGGUGUUCAGGUUUGCCUCAUGUUUAAGGAGACAUGUCAAGCCCAACCAAGUGGGGCCAACAAUGAGGCAGUGAUGCAAGGGACAGACAAUAACCUAGAUGCCGCCACAGCGGCUACUCCAUCGUCAAAGUCGUUCGACUCCAGUCAGACGUAG